CCGGAGUUUCCCUGCGCUGGGCGGCGUGAGGAGGCAGAGCCUGGCGGCUCGGUGGCCCCAGGCCGCGGGGCUGGGGCUGGGGGUGGCCCUGUGUGCUGUCCCCGUGGCAGAGCAGCAGAACUCCAUGUCCCUCAGUAACGAUGCCUUGAUCAAGAGAGCAGUGUCCCUGGUGACAGACAGCACUGCCACACUCCUGUCCCAGACCACCUAUGCCCUGAUUGAGGCUCUGACAGAGUACACAAAGGCAGUUUAUACCCUGGUGUCUCUCUACAAGCAAUACUCAAACCUUCUUGGGAAAAUGAACUCGGAAGAGGUGGAUGCAAUCUGGCAGGUGGUCAUAGGAGCCAGAGUUGAUGUAAGCCCUUUAACUCUGUGGUUUAUUUUGCAGGAAUACCUGAGGCUGGAAUCCAGCUGGAUGACAGCACUGAGGCUGUCAGAGAUGGCAGCAGAGGCUGCGUAUCAGUCAGGUGCAGACCAGGCCUCGGUCACAGCUCGCAGCCACAUCCAGCUGGUGAAGUCCCAGGUGCAGGAGGUGAGACAGCUGUCCCAGAAAGCAGAGACCAAACUCGCUGAAGCUCAGACAGAGGAGCUGAUAAAGGCUCAAGGAGAGGAUUCGUUGCCUCAGGGUGUUCUGGGCAGUGUGGACUCGGGGGAUGACCCUUACCUUCGGGAGGACUGA